AUGGCAGGACCCCCCCAAGCGCAGCCGAAGCUCACCCUGGAGGGCCACGAGGCCAGCUGGGGUCGGCGUCUCUGGCUUUGCCUGCUGGGCCCGAGUGUGGGUGUGGCCUUGCCGGAAGUUGCACAAGCUGAUGACGUGAAGCGCUACAGCAAGGUGAACUCGGUGAUUAACUCAUACACGGAGAAUGCCGGCGUGGCCGGUCAGAACAACAAGCAGGUUGCGGCCUACGCCGAUCUCGGUGAGGGGCUCAAAGCGGCCACCAUCUACAAGCCGAAGUUCGAAGACGGAGAUCCGGAUGCUGCAAGGAAGGUAGAAAAUGGUGACCUGGUGACUGUGGAUAUGAUUGGUUACUUGACGGGUUGGAACGGCAACAUCUUCCUCCGAACUCAGGACAAAAGCGGCUUUUCAGAGAAGCCGGUGACAUUCAGAGUUGGAUGCGGUGACGCGAUUCCUGGGCUGGACCGCGGAGUGGUUGGCAUGUUGAAGGGUGAAAAGCGGCGGUUGGUGAUUCCACCUGCGCUAGGGUACCCCCGUCCGUGCAGUGACGAGCAGCUCGGGAAGCCUGGUGCUAUUCCAGACCCUCGCGAGUCUGCGUCAGGCUCUGGUGAGCCUUGGGAGCUGAGGAACCGCCUGCUGAAUGGUGUCCUCAACAACGCACGGGACGACACUCUCGUCAUAGAUGUCAAAAUCAACAGGAUCGCGAGCUGA